AUGUUUUUAAUAAAAAAUACAACAAAAUCCUUCAUUAUUAAACCCUUUUUCACUUCUUUAUCAUCAUCAAAAAUAAUAACAACUUGUCAACGUCAUUAUUCGGCUAGAAAACCAGUCAAACAAGUAGAAUUAUCAGCACCAGUAUAUGAAGAAAUAAAAUUAGAUGAUGGCAGUGUUUUUGUUUCACGUGCUCCACCGUCACCAAUUCCAUUACUGUCACCUUCAGAACAACCUCAACAAAACUUGCAAACAAAUGACAACAACAAAAAUAUAAUAACGAUGGAUAAAUUACCACCACCACUUAAAAAAAUACAAAAAAAAAAAUAUCAUUUAACUGAUACAGACAUAAAUUCCAUAAAAGAAUUACGUCAAAAAGAUCCUGAUAAAUGGACAAGAAGUAAAUUAGCAAAAAAAUUUAAUUGUAGUCAAAUGUAUAUUGGUAUUGUUGCACCUACUACAGAAGAGAGGAAGGCUAGAUUAAAAGAACAAUUAAUGGAGCAGUAUUCAAGGAUGGGAUAUAAAAAGAAAUUUAUUAAAGAAGAAAGAUUAAGAAGAAGAGAUAUGUGGUGA